GAAGAGGUAACGGAAAGCUCCAGAAUCUGUUGCUUUGUGACAGUUAUUCCCGAAAAGCUCAUCGCAGCGAGGGCGGCGACGACGGUCAGAUGCUCACGUUGGCGGGUUUCGACACCGGAAGAAUCCGGAACAAGAAGGUGCUACUCAAGGACUUCGUCUCUGGCACUCUCGAGGAGACCGACAUGCUCGUUGAAACUUCCUCUGUCAAAUUGAAGCUUCCCGAAGAUUCCAAUGGCGUUUUAGUGAAGAAUAUCUAUCUUUCUUGUGAUCCCUACAUGCGAGGCCGUAUGUCCAAACCAUUAUUUCGCUCUUACAUUGAUUCCUUUCAGCCUGGUUCGCUCAUGAGCGGAUUUGGAGUUUCAAAGGUUAUUGAUUCUAGGCAUGACAACUUCAGAGAAGGUGAUCUGGUCUGGGGAAUUAUUGGGUGGGAAGAAUAUAGUGUGAUCAGUUCGCCGGAGUCCCUGUUUAAGAUAGAACAUACAGAUCUUCCUCUUUCAUAUUAUACUGGGAUACUUGGUAUGCCUGGGUUGACUGCUUAUGCUGGAUUCUAUGAGAUUUGUGCCCCUAAGAAAGGAGAGAAAGUAUUUGUAUCAUCUGCAUCUGGAGCGGUAGGUCAGCUUGUUGGACAGUUCGCUAAGCUGAUGGGUUGCUAUGUUGUUGGAAGUGCAGGAAGCCGAGAUAAGGUUGACUUGCUAAAGAGCAAGUUUGGGUUUGAUGACGCUUUCAACUACAAAACAGAAUUCUACUUGAAUGGUACUUUGAAAAGGUAUUUCCCAGAGGGUAUUGAUAUAUACUUUGAUAACGUUGGAGGGAAGAUGCUGGAUGCAGCGUUGCGCAACAUGAAGACCCAUGGCAGAAUUGCAGUGUGUGGAAUGAUUUCACAGUACAACCGUGAAGAGCCUGAAGGCUUGAACCAUCUGAUGAAUCUUGUGACCAAACAAGUCCGCAUGGAAGGGUUUCUGGUGAAUGAUCAUUACCACCUCUACCCCAAGUUCUUAGAGAUGAUGAUUCCUCUCAUCAGAGAGGGCAAGAUUGUGUACGUGGAAGAUAUUAUUGAAGGCAUUCAGUACGCCCCUUCCGCACUCGCUGGCCUCUUUCAUGGCAUCAAUGUUGGAAAACAAGUGGUGAAGGUCCAACGAACGAAAUUGUAUGACUCAUAUGCAUACGAGUAUGAGUCAUUAUAUACAUAGGACUCAACAUGAUCAGGGGCUUUUGCUUGGAAGGAACUCAUUUUGUUGAAUUUUGCAUACAAGUUUUUUAGUCAAGAAAGGGAAAAGAAGGGAGAAGUCUCCUUAACUGUUUG